AUGUUUCUUCCUUUUUUGUUCUCAUCAUUUCGCCAUUUAUUGUUUAUUGUUCCUCCUCUCUUUCACACUCCACCUUUGAUUUAUUACGCCUUUUCUUUCCCUUUUAUUUCUGUACGUGAUUUUCUUUCUUUCUUUCUUUCUUUCUUUCACUUUUUCUUUAUUUCUUUAGUUCUCGCCUUUUAUUUGCUAUCACUUUCUUCAUCUUCUUUAAUCAAUCUCUCUCCUUCUCUUCUCUUCCUCGUUCUCCUAAUUCAUUCCCUCUCCUUCUUCUCGUCUUUUCACUUCGCAUUCUUUCUUUCUUUCUUUCUUUCUUUUUAUUCUAUUGAUUCAGGCUCGAUCCUGAUUUUAUUUUUUUCACGCCAUUCUUCCCAACUCCGAUUUAAUUAUCUUCUUUAUCUUCUUUUUUUCUUCUUUUCUUGUUCUUCUUCCUUUCUUCUUCAUCAAUUUUUUGUUCUUCUUUUCCUUUUCUUUUUCUUUUCUUCUUCAUUUCUUCGUCUUUUCUUUUUCUUUUCUUUUUUUACUUUUUUCUUUUUCGUCUUUUCUUGUUCUUCUUCCUUUUUCUUUUCUCCUUUUUCUUUUUUCUUUCUUUUUCCUUGUUCUUUUUUCUUCUUCAUCUACUACUUUUCUUUCCUCUUUUUUUCUUCUUCUUCUUCUUCUUCUUCUUUUCUUCUUCUUCUUUUCUUCUUAAUUUUUUUCUUUUCUUUUUUCUUGUUCUUCUUCUUCCUUUCACCAACUUUUUUUCUUUGA